CGUGUACAGCUGAGAUCUUCGCGAGAGCCGCCUGAAAAAGUAGCCUGUGUGUCUUUGCAUGACUGUGCGUCUGUAUAGUGGAGCCUCCCUGCUUGUGUACACUAGAGUGUGUGUGUGUGUGUGUGUGUGUGUGUGUUUUGCCUGUGUGUAUGUGGCUGUAUAUGUGUGUAUUUUGCCUGUGUGUAUGUGAAUGCCUGGGUGUGUGUGUGUGUGUGCCUGUGUGUGUGUGUGUGUGUGUGUGUGUGUGUGCGCGCCGGGUCUGAGUGCUUAGGUCUGUGUGGGAAUGAUUACAUCAGCCUGCUGCAGCCUUAUGAUUGGUCGGUGAGCGUGUGGUUUGAUUCACUGUGCCUGGGAGCCCGUGGCUGAGGCUGUAACCCUUUGUGAGGGAGGGAGGGAGGGAGGGAGGGGAGGGAGAGAGACACAACAGACACACAGAGCGAGGGGGAAAGAGAGAGAGAGAGAGCGAGAGAGAGAGAGAGAGGAAUAGAAACAGAGACUAGAGCGAGGGAGAGAGAGUGGGAGAAAGACAGAGUUGUCAGACACAACCGGCACAAGGAGCUCUGUGCUGUACUGUACCCGAGCCACCGGUAGCCACCGCUCCUCUCUUUCCAGCUGACACUUUGGGCUGUCUCGUUUCGCGUCGGAACCGGUUUCCAGGUCACACAGCGCAGCCGGCGCGCCAACACACAGAGUGCCUCCGAGGAGGUUGAGAGGACCUUACUCCAGGCUAUGUGUGACAGGUAGCAUCGCUGCUGCUGCUGCUGUCAGGUGCCUGCGUUGCUUCCCGUCCUCCCUCCAACCAGACUGGAUUUAUAUUGAGUCUUUUUCCUUCCUCUGUUGGCUGGUGUCAGCGUGGAAGGAAGUGGGCUGCGCAGGGGGGGGGGGGGUCCUGUCUUAGCAACUGUGUGAGUGUGCGUGGGGGAAAAGGGAGCUCGCUCCAGCAAGAGAAAGAUUACAGAAAAUGCCUUCAUGUUCUCCUGACUGCUGCCUUUUGCCGGCAGUUGAGAAAGCCGAUGUCACUCAGAAAUAUGAAGUACUGGAAGAAUCAGAUAUGUUGAUCGUGAAGAUCUUCAGCGAGGACGGCGUGGGCAAAGUGGUGGAGACCCCGGCCGACAUGACGGCCAGGGACCUGUGCCAGCUCCUGGUGUAUAAGAGCCAUUGUGUGGACGACAACAGUUGGGCGCUUGUUGAGCACCACCCCCUACUGGGCCUAGGUAAGUGGCAGUCACCCCCACCCCCCCACCCCCUUGUUGAACCGAGCAAGUUAACUGUGUUAAGGGUAAAAAAACGUUUCAUCACUGGUUUUAUGACUCGAGACACAAAAACGGGCAUCAGAAGCUUUUCUACCUCAGGGCAUGGAGCUAAAAUAGUUUUUUUUUUUCAGAAUUUGUUGGCGGCAAGCAGCUACCCAGAGAUCCAGGGCCAUCUGUACGUGAAGGAGGUGGGGAGGAAGUCGUGGAAGAAGCUCUACAUGUUCCUGCGGCGCUCAGGCCUCUACUGCUCCACGAAAGGAACCUCAAAGGAGCCGAGGCAUCUCCAGUUACUGGCAGACCUGGAGGACAGCAACAUCUUCACCGUGGUCCCGGCGAAGAAGCAGCACGCCACGCCCACGGACUACGAGUUCUGCAUCAAGGCCAACAAAGGCAGGGCGGAGCUGAAAGAACUGAGGAUACUGUGUGCCGAGGACGAACAGAGUCGUACCUGCUGGAUGACCGCCUUCAGACUCUUUAAGUACGGAAUCAUUUUGUACCAGAACUAUAAGAUUCCCCAACAGAGGAAAACUUUGCUAUCACACUUCUCAGCCCCAGUGCGGAGUGUGUCGGAAAACUCCCUGGUGGCCAUGGACUUCUCAGGGAGAAUAGGCAGGGUGAUCAAGAACCCUCUAGAAGCUCAAAGCGCCGCCAUGGAAGAGGGACACGCAUGGAGGAAGAGGAGUCAACGAUUGAACGUGCUGGGCUGCCACAGUCCUCUCCACCACUCUUCACUAAGCUCAGUGAUCCACGUGGCGCAGCUGUGGUUCCACGGCCGGAUAACCAGGGAGGAGUCGCACCGCAUCAUCCACCAGCAGGGACAAGUGGACGGGUUGUUUCUGCUGAGGGUCAGUCAGAGCAACCCCAAGGCGUUUGUACUCACACUGUGCCAUCAUCAGAAAAUCAAACAUUUCCAGAUACUACCGUGUGAAGAGGACGGACAGAUCUUCUUCAGCCUUGACGACGGCUCGACCAAGUUCACUGACCUGAUCCAGUUGGUGGAGUUCUACCAGCUCAACAAAGGGGUGUUGCCUUGCAAACUGAGACACCCGUGCACCUUUGUGGCCUUAUGACCUCUCCCAACGCCCUGACACAUCCCCCACCACCGCUCACAACGUCAUUUUUCCCUCUUGUUUUGUGUCGGUUUUUUCGUAUACAUUUUUCUCGUCUGGAGAAGCGGGUGAAUGAACUGAUGCUUCCGUUUGUUGUUUUUCUUGAUAUUUUUUAUGACGGACUCUGCUGGAGACUGCUGAGCUAAUUUCGGGUGGUUUUGUGGGUUGGUCGUUACGGUUGGAUGGACAAAUCAAGGCGCUCAACACAUCCAAUCAGGUGCAAGGAAAACGAACAGGAACGCAAGGAGCUUUUAUGGACAUAAUGGACAAGAUGAAUCUGCCAUUUUAUUUUAUUUUGUUUAAAUGCUGUCACAUAAUCGUUCAAUCCCCCAUAAAUACAAUCAACCAAUUAACUGGUCACUCGCAAUUAGGCAUUGUGUUGCCACUGCGAACACAGGUUUAUCUGUUAACUGAACAAUCAGCAGGUUGCUGUUUUCUUCUGUAACAUUAUUUUUUUAAUCCCACCACCGAUGGAUGUUAAUGUUUAGCAUCAUUUAGCAUAUCUCUUAUUUGCACUCCUUAAUCUAGAGCAUGCUUUUUGACAUCACUCAUGGCUGUAUCUAUCCUCGGUCCUGUUACCGGCAAGUCACUUGAUAGCACCGUACAACAUCGCCCUCUGAGGUCCAAUGCAUAGUAAGGACAUGCAAGAUCUAUUUUACAACGGGGAAAACCUAGAGGUUUUGGUGUCAUUGAAGUUAUGCCAUUUUAAUCCCUGCCGAGGUCCGUAACCCUCACGAGAGGAUGAAUGCGUGACAAGUUUUGAAACCAUUUAUAAUAUCACACAAACCUGAAAAAGGGAACAUGGACAACAGCAGUGUACAAUAAGAGGUGUUAUUUGAUCAAGAUCUUAAAAGUGCUCAUAGUGGUUCACCUUCAAAGAUGAUUGCUCCGACCACACAGGAUGUUUUUCUGCCACUGCUUAUUCUUGCUUGUCUUUCCGUUGUUUUGCGUCUCAUUGUCACUCUGUAGGCUUUCUGUUUACGUGAUGGGCUACCAAGAUCAGCCGCCAUUCUACAUUGGUUUACUGCACAGCUCAUGUUCCCUGAGAUAACAAAUAACAGGGCCUUAAGUCUUCCACAUCGCCCGUUCACAAGAAAAUGGUAGAGCAUUUUAUUCAGGUUAUUUCAACACCGUGAUAAAGCUAGUUAUUUUUUCGUUCUUCUGUCAAUACCAAGAUACCUCUGUUAUGCAUUGUGAUGUUAUACAGUCAAACAAGGUCACUCUAUGAGGUUUGGCUUGAAGUGCAGUGGAUUUUCCUCAAGGUAUUAAGUAAACCAAUAUUUAGCCUUGCUGGUUACUGUUAAGCCCCAGGCUGACCAGGAAGGAUAACCACUAGAUUUCCCUUUUUGUAAAAGGUUAACCCAAUGCUCCAAGUGUAACUCGGUGGAGUUGAAUAACCGAGGAGGACUGGGAAUACUGUCUCCGCCCAUCGUUCCACUCUAUUAACACCAUGCCAUUGUUGUUAGUAGCGCUUUCCCCCUUCAGAGAACACAGAAGAACUUUGAACUAUUAGAAGUACAACUGGAUCCAUGUCCAACUUGAUUAAGACAACCGUAUACUUAAAGUCAUUAGUCAACCAGAUUUAUUUUUAUUGGAGUUUUGAGCCAAUGUCCAUCUAGGGAACUCGAGUAACAAAAAAAAGGAUAAUGUGACAAAUUAAUCGUCUCUGACACCAUGGGAGUGCACUGGAAUGUAGUCAAAAGGGCAAUGCCAUACACAUUACACUUUAUCAUGACUCUGUUUAUUAGAAUCAGUGAAGGUGUUUCAUUUGCCCAAAUCUUUUUUGUGAGACUUUGACUGUAGCCCAAACUUGCAUUUCUAUAUAAACACCUUCAUAACUUAUAAUACAUCAUAAUUAUUGCUAUACGUCUUUUUAAUUAAUUUAGUUAUAUACAUCAUGUUGCACUUUAUAUCAUAUUUAAUGGAGCGGUUAUUGAUAAUGCCUUCAGCCAUUGUAAGCUGCAAGUAACUCUUACAAUGCAUUAAUCACUUGUUAUCAUGUAUUAUGAAGGUAUUUAUAGAUUAUUGUAGGUAUGGCCUCACAAAAAGUCACACCUUGUUCAUACCCUUGGUUUGGUCCGUUAACAAACAUAAUCAUACAUUAUACAUCCUUGUUCUUCCCACAGGAUACUAUGUUGGUGUAGUUCAAACUCGCUGUACAGCCUGAUAUAAACCAAUACUGAAUAUCCAUGUAGAAUUUGGGCCCUACACGGUAGUACAGAACUACAAUUACAUAGUACCUUGUGCUUGGCUUGUUAAUGCAAAGAUAAUUUCAUAUAUCUAUCUACUGCUGAUGAUUUUUAUUCAACAAAGCCUUUUAGAAAAUAUAUCCUGGUUAAAGAUUUGGCAUUAUCAGUUUUGAAUCAGAUGAAUUUAUCUUUUAACAGAGUGGUCAACCCAAAUUGCCAUUACAUAGCAAAACAAAAUAUAAAAUCGGUCUUAAUUACAAAUGUUAAUUUACAUGUCGUAAUUCUACAAAAUAAUUUACAUAACUCACCUGUUAUUGAGUAUAGUGUGUUAAAAUUGCACCAGAUUGGUUUCCCAUCAUAACAGGUGGUUUUGUAUGUGUUUUUCACGGUUUUAUUUUCCCUGUGAUGCAACAUUAAGAAAGAUUCUUCACUUUGUUUGAUUUGUUAAACAGUCCACGGGUUCUCUUAAGCUAUAUAGAUAUGUUGUGUCACUAUUAUUUAACUCAAAUGUAAUGAAUCAAAUCAGUUUAAAGUAAGUAUUGUUUCAGCGACGUUUAUUUAUUUUUCAUUAAUAGUGAUGACUUGAACCUUUUUCUUUUCUUACAGCGUUUUUUUUUGGCCAUUGACAUGUUGUUGAUGGCCCAUACGAUUAUUAUUAUUUUUUUUAAUGUUUGUGUAUUCAAACACCAAUGUGGCAAUGUGAAGUUAUACAUACACAAAUUACAACGUUGAUUCUUUUUUCAUUUGAAAUAAAAACAAUAUAUUUUU